AUGACUUUAUGCCAAGCAAACGAGGUCAGGACUGAGGCAAGGCUCAUGUUGCAUCUGACAGGGGUGGCCGUAGAAGAAAGUGAGAGCGGCGACGAUGACUUUAUGCCAAGCAAAAAAGCUCAUAACAGAUCGAAGGGUUGUGAAAGCUCAAAGAAUGGUAGAUUAAAUCUCACCUUUGCAAGUGACAGUGAAGGGAUUGACAACCCCUUAAUCGCAUUGGGUGGAAGUGUUUGA